AUGUUACGAAUAUUCCUUCUCUGUUUAAAUACUUUACUUGUGUUUGGUGAAAGCCCUGUUGUUGAAACUACCCAUGGUUUGAUUUCAGGAAAAGUGUUAACAACUUUAUACGAAGACAAGGAAUAUUAUGGGUUUAUGGGAAUACCGUUUGCAGUACCACCAUUGGAUCAUUUAAGGUUUCUGCCCCCUAGAGAAAUUGAACCCUGGAACGAAACGCUCAUUGCUACAAAAGAAAAACCAGCGUGUGUGCAAUUCAACAAUGAUAUCAAAAAGAAACAACCGCUCGGCGUAUACGGCUCCGAAGAUUGUCUCUACCUUGACAUUUUCACCCCAAACAUCGAUCGUAGUAAACGAGCCGUGAUAGUCCACCUAUUCAGCGACCGUCUCCAUAAUUCAUACAACAAAAGCAAAGAUUUCAUACCCGACUUUUUCAUUGAAGAAGACGUAGUGGUCGUUACGCCUAGUCACAGAUUAGGCGUACUUGGUUUUUUAUCCUUUGAGGAUGAGGUUUUACCGGGCAACGCUGGGUUGUUGGAUCUUUACACCGCUCUUAAGUGGAUAUCAAAGAAUAUAGAUCGUUUUGGCGGCGACCCCGAAAGGGUCACGCUAAUGGGAUCUCAAGGAGGCGCCGCCGCCGUCGAUCUACUUAUACACUCUAAGGCGAAGGAAUUAUUCAAUUCGGCCAUUUUGCAGAGCGGCACGUCCUUAACGUCGAUGUUUUUGCAGGAAAAAGUUCGGGAGAGAGCGCUCAGACUCGGCGAAUUGCUUGAAAUACCUUCAAGUAAAAGUGAGAAACUGUUAAAAGAACUGCAAGACAUACCUCCGUCGGAGUUAUUCACGAAUGAACUUCGAGCUAUGCCUGAUGAUUUUAAUAAAGACAGUCAGAGAAGCUUACUCCCAUUUGGUCCGAUCGUUGAAAAGAAUCCUGAUGGGUUUCUUUCAAAAUACCCUGAAGAUGUCGAAGAGAAAAUAAAUAUACCUAUAAUGGUUGGCUUUAACUCGAGAGAAGGUUUGGAGCUGUCGCUCCAUUAUCUCCUACAACCAAAUUUCUUAGGUGCUCUCAACAAAGAUUUUCCAGUCAUUCUGCCUAAACGGUUAAAAUUUAACUUUGAUCCAGUCCAUGACACUUAUACAGAAGCAGCACAAGAAAUUAAGAAGUUUUACUUUAAAAAAGACAAGUUUUCGUCAAGAAGCGCGCCAGAAUUUAUAACGUACAUUGGAGAUAUUAUCAACGGUUAUGCAAUUAACACAAUGGUGCAAAAGUAUGCAAAGAAAAACACUGUUUACUAUUAUCACUUCGAUUAUUACAGUAAUUUAAAUAGGAAUAAAAACAAUAUAUUAAAGUUAUCCCAAAUAAACGAGGGUACUUGGGGAGCAGCGAUGGGCGAUGAGCUGUGCUAUCUAUUCAAAUGUCCUGAAUUUAAAAAGGAAUAUUUAAAGUAUAAAGAUCUUGAGUCGGAGGAAUGGAAAAUGCAAAAGACGUUGGUACAAAUAUGGACAAAUUUCGCCAAACAUGGAAAUCCCACUCCCGCCAAUAAUAACCCAUUGGAAAUCGAGUGGCCCAAAUAUGAUCUUGAGAUUAAACAAUAUUUGAAUUUCGGUAAAAAUAUCGAAAUCAAGAAGAACAUUUUGAAGGAGCGCUUUGAAUUCUGGGACAAUUUCAUAAGGAAAUGGGAGAGGCGAACGGUUAACGGUGUUGUUAGUUUAAAAAAUAAAAACGACGAAUUAUGA